CUCUUCUUCCAAAAGACUAGAAUGGUUCGAUUCAUCCACACCCACCUCCAAAACAUUCAACAAACUUGCACGCAACCAGUUCCCUUCCUUUCUCUCCAACACCUCUCACAACUUUCCAGCACUAAGAACCGGUCCUGUUUUUAGCUUUUAAUUAAGCUUUAAGCCCAGUUUGAUUAAUUUCUCUAAGUAAAAAUAUUCCCUUUAUUAUUUCUGAAAAUAGAAAAAAUAAUCUUCAAUCUGUCGUUCUCAUCCAUCUCUGUUAAUCAUCCUUAUAUAUUAAUCAAAACGAACCCCGAACAGAGACCAGGAAAAAAAUGGCGCUACUUCUCUCCACUUCAACACCCACUCUCACUCUACCAUCACCAGCAGCAUCAACUGUAAACCCAACUCCCAAAAACUCUCUUUUUCUCAAGUCCUGUACAUUUCGCGCUCUAAAUGACUAUACAAAUUCCACAACCUUAACUGUUGUAACGAACAGCGUCAGCAGCAACAGAAGAAGAGCAAGAAGUCGUCUUUGUCCUCCUCUGCGCGUGGCAGCUCCUCCGACGCCACCAGUAGUCGAAGGCGAAGAGGAGGAGGAGGAAGAAGAAGGAGAAGAAAGCACCUCCUCCUCCUCUUCCAAGUUCUCAUGGAGGGACCACUGGUACCCUGUCUCUCUGAUCGAAGACCUUGACCCUCGGUACCCAACUCCAUUUCAACUACUCGGCCGAGAGAUCGUUCUCUGGAAAGACCGAUCCACCGACGAGUGGAUCGCUUUCGACGACAAAUGCCCCCACCGACUCGCUCCCCUCUCUGAAGGACGAAUCGAUGAAGAUGGCAAUUUGCAGUGUUCGUACCAUGGAUGGUCUUUUAAUCGCUGCGGAUCUUGUACUCGGAUCCCUCAGGCUUUACCUGAAGGUCCCGAGGCUAGCGCCAUUCGGUCGCCCAAAGCCUGUGCUACGAGGCUUCCCACGCUGGUUUCCCAGGGCCUGCUCUUUGUUUGGCCCGACGAGAAUGGAUGGGAGAGAGCUUCUGCUACCAAGCCUCCCAUGCUGCCUGAUGACUUUGAUGAUCCUUCGUUCUCGACUGUGACAAUACAAAGAGACUUGUUCUAUGGCUAUGAUACACUCAUGGAGAAUGUCUCUGAUCCUUCCCACAUUGAUUUUGCUCAUCACAAGGUUACAGGGAGAAGGGACAAAGCCAAGCCUUUGACAUUUAAGAUGGAGUCUAGUGGUGUUUGGGGCUUCAGUGGAUCAAAUGAUGGAAACCCACGAAUCACUGCAAAGUUUCUUGCACCUUGUUAUGCUAUGAAUAAGAUAGAGAUUGACACAAAGCUCCCUAUAUUUGGUGACCAAAAAUGGAAAAUAUGGAUUUGUUCAUUCAAUAUACCAAUGGCACCUGGAAAGACUCGUUCAAUCGUUUGUAGUGCUCGAAAUUUCUUCCAGUUCACAGUGCCAGGGCCAGCCUGGUGGCAGGUGGUUCCAAGAUGGUAUGAGCAUUGGAUAUCAAACAAGGUCUAUGAUGGUGACAUGAUUGUCCUUCAGGGACAAGAGAAAAUUUUCCUCUCAAAAUCCAAGGAGGAUUCUGUUGAUGUUAACAAGCAGUACACAAAACUAACAUUCACUCCCACACAAGCAGACCGUUUUGUUUUAGCAUUUCGGAAUUGGCUGAGGCGACAUGGCAAUAGCGAACCUGAGUGGUUUGGCCCCACCAACCAACAACCCUUGCCAUCCACAAUCUUAUCUAAACGCCAGAUGUUGGAUAGGUUUGAGCAGCAUACGCUCAAGUGCUCAUCAUGUAAAGGAGCUUAUGCAGCAUUCCAAACACUGCAAAAAAUCUUCAUUGGUGUGUCUGUCAUUUGUUGUGCAACAGCAGGAAUCCCUUCAGAGAUGUCAUUACGGAUUGUUUUAGGUGGGCUUGCAAUUCUCAGUGCUGGUUUAGCUUAUGGUUUAAACGAACUCCAGAAAAACUUUGUUUUCAUCGAUUAUGUUCAUGCAGACAUUGAUUAGCUUAUGAAAGAAAAAGGUUAUGUAACAUAGUUAAGGUUAGAACUAGGGCUGUAGGGCUUUAUUGACAUGUUUGUAUAUAGAUAGAAAUCAUUUGUUUUGAGGAUACAAAAGAAAAAAGAAAUAAAAUGAAUGAGGUUGAAUUUUAUGGUUUCUU